GUUUAGAAUGAACGCAUGCAUAGCAGAAUAACCUAACAGGACGGUCGCUCUCUUGUUAGCCAUUUAUAUUGUUUAUAAUAAUUUGUUUUGCACGUUUGACUUAGCACAAUGAGCAGGCGCGUUUUAAUUAUUACCCGGCUUCAUUUAUGACAGUUACUUUAGCUCGGUUAGCUAACCUGUAGCAGAGUCCCAGCUGUCAUUCAUGCAGCCCAACUUCAGCGAAAGUUAGCUGCGCAUUUAUACGCGUCCGUUAAGCUAACAUCAUGUCACAGGAGGAGCUUUUUCUAGACUCGGCACCAGCAGGACAAUUAAAAAGCGAAGUGAAGGAGGCAAAGAGCAGAAGUCGGCUCGGUGUGGUGGUCACAGGGGUGCUGGGAGGGUCUCUGGUCGCCCUGUACGCGGUGGCUGCUCCGUUUGUGGCUCCUGCCCUCAGGAAAGUCUGUCUCCCGUUUGUCCCCGCGACUACAGCUCAGGUGGAGAAUGUCCUCAGGGUGCUGCGAGCCCGGUCAGGGACGCUGGUUGACAUUGGGAGUGGAGAUGGAAGGAUAUUGUCCUUCCUCCUGCAGGUGAUAGCUGCAGCCAAGCAGGGCUUUCAGGCAUCAGGCUUUGAGCUGAACCCCUGGCUGGUCUGGUAUUCUCGCUACAGGGCUUUGAGAGAGGGAGUCCACCGCUCCACCUCCUUCCACAUCUCUGACUUAUGGAAGGUCAGUUUUGCUCAAUACUCCAAUGUUGUCAUUUUUGGAGUCCCUCAAAUGAUGGACCAGCUGGAGCUGAAACUGGCAAAUGAGUUACCGAGUACAGCCAAGGUGGUGGCCUGCCGCUUCCCCUUCCCUACUUGGAUCCCCGAACAUACCGCCGGGGAGGGCAUAGACACUGUGUGGGUGUACGAUGCCAAGACAUUUAAAUCACACGUACAACGUGGGAUGACAAGGAAGACAACACCAGAACAUGAAGAUACACCAGAUUCCCACACAUAAAUGCCAACAAUCAGAUAUUGUUAAAUUUUCAUCAUGGACUGCAACCCUGAGAUGUGGUCCUGUUUUGAAUCCAUGCAAUUUCCUUUGUGGGGUGGAUCUGAAAUGGGUGGAAAAAACUGAUGUUCAAGUUUUAAAAUGUGCCAAAUGGUAGUAAGUCUUUACACAUCAAUGUCAAACUGAGCGAAGUAGAAAGACAAAACUAAUUGGCACUUGCCUUAAUGAGUGCUUAUACCAUGCUAAGGGGUAACAUCAGUAUUUUUCAACCUGGACCCUAUUUUCCCAUGUUUUUGUGUCAAAGUCACUAAUAGGAGCAACAAUUUUUAAAAUUGGUCCAGUACUGAGCGAGAGAGUUGCAGCCGUAGUGGCAAAUUUGUGCACUGUCAAUUAACGUCUAUUAGAGCCCAACCGAUAUAUCAGUCAGCCCAUUUUAUCAGCUGAUAUUGGCCUUUCACAGAUAUAUUGUUAUCAGUGUAUAUGUUGUCCCAUAUGUACAAAUAUGAAACUUUUUUUUUUUUUAACAGAACAUAAUUUAGAAAAAAAUGCU